ACAAAUCAUCACGUGACCUGCACACGCAUUCCCACGUGUCCUGUUAGAAUUAUCACGUGAUCUUGCCUCCAAAUCCCGCCAUUUGUUUAUAAGAACUAAGAAUUUCUCUUCUCUCUUCAUGUGUCUCUUUCUUUAAUUCUUUUUUAUAAAAUGGUAGAUCCAACCAGUAAAGGAGAGAUAACUCUUCAAGGUCACUCGCUGCUCGACAUAGGAACGCCAAAGGCUUUUUCCACAGCAAUAAAAGAGCCUCCACUCCCCUCUCUCUCUCCCUCCUCUCAUCAUGGUGGCCACAGUGCUGGUACUCAUCCUACUGGAAGUGAUGGAGGAUCUUUCCUGAGUGAACCAACAUUGCCACCUAAUACCAGAGACAGUAAUGGAGACAUAAGUGGAAGGUUAUCACAAGAUAUUGAUGCUAAUUCUUUGAAGUUUCUUAAUUCUCCGCAAUCCGUUGCUCCUUCUACCGUCACUACUCUUCCUCAUCCUUCUGCAGCCUCUUCAAUGGCGGGAGGAGUUAGUGACUUUAAUCUUCAUUAUUCGGCCACCUCUCAAUCCUUAAACUCUAAGGAAGACAAUGAAUCAAUUAAUGAGGAUCCUAAGAGUGUUCAAUACAUUAAUGAUGAGAUGGAGCCGACUCUUAUGAGAGAAGCAGCCGAGUUUAGUUUGUUAUCUCACGUGCCCAUUCCUAAUGAUAGGAGCAUGGGAAUGAACAAUGAUAGUAUUGGAAUGAGUUUAGCUGCUGGAUCUGCUCCGUCUGUUUUGGGCGUGGCUGAGAACACAAACAACCAGAGCUUAUCAACAGUGAAGGAAGAAGAGGAGGAGGAGGAGAGUGAUGUCAAUGCUGAUCUCUUGCCAUAUCUUGUACCAACCACACCCACCGAUACAGUGAACUGUGAUACAGUUUUCAGCAGUCACAGCGAGGAGGAGGAGGAAGGAGUGGGUUUUAUUGUUGAGGGACAAAGAUCAAAGAUAGAGAACCCGUUUGAUUCUGGAAGCGAUCAAACUUGCGAUGAGUUUGAUUUCCAGGAGCAAGAUAAAGAAUCUUUUCUCUCUGAUUUAAAGAAGGAAGAAGAAGAAAUGUCUUUAUUCACAAAGACCACACACAGUAGUUUGCAAGGGACAUUUACGAUACCGUCUGAUAACUCAAGUCAUGUGACUAAUUCUGAUGGAGGGGAGGAGUCAAUACUGACGUAUUUUCGAGGGAAAAGUUUUCCACUUGGAGGAGAACUGUUACCAGACAGAGUCAUAUCACUGCAAAGACCAAUUUUCGCAGACAAUCAAGUCAUUGUGAGUCCCCCUAGCAGAUUCAUAGCAACCAGUCCACAACAAGUACCACUCUCAUCGACCUCUUCCUCUUCUGUCCCACCAUCGUCCAGUGCUCCAGUGACCAGCAUUCCAUCGUCCAGUGCUCCAGUAACCAGUGUUCCAGUAACCAGUGUUCCAGCCUCGUCUCUCUUGUUAUCACCAUUGACUGUUUCACAGCAGGCAUUGAGUGAGUCACCACUCCCCAUGCAUGUGCCUCCUCUGAAUCUAAACGGAUUAUUAAAGACUCCUCUCACCUCUGAAGGGGGAGGGGAAAGGGAGCGAUCAGUCACACCCACGUCUGAUGAAAAAGAUAGUGAGACUGCAUCCAGUAGUGUGGCCACGCCUCCUCCUGACAUACCGUCGUGUUAUUUAGUGAAAUCAGACGGUCCUGGAGUGACUGAUGAAGCCUCAACGUUGCUUCUCUCUACUGUCUCGUCUCUUCCGGUAACUCCAGCUCCUUCAAGACUGCAGAACCUCCUAACGACCACUGGGCUCUCCUCUUUCCCGACUCCGUCACUUCUCUCAAAUGAAAUAGAUAAUCUUUAUGAGCUGACGCAGGUCCUGCCUAAGACCGACGAAGAGAAGAGUCUAGUGAGUGUUGUUCCUUCAUCUAAUCCUCCCACUCCUUCUAAUAAUACUCUACCUGUUAGUGCCAGUACUGACUUGUUGUCUGAGACCAAACUGGAUGAAAAUGGAGCACAGGAGUUUACUGUGAAGUCGGUUGCUAAAGUGUCGUUUGCGUCUCCUCUCAAGAGGUCCUUGUCUUCUGUGUCUCCUAGUGGGACUCCUCCUGAUUCUCCUCCUCUCUCUUCUCCAAAAAUUACACCUUUAGUCUUAUCUGAUCAUGACUCCUCCUCUUCACAUGAAGCCACGCCCUCACCAACGGAAGAGGCCAGGGCUAGUAAAGUGGCUGAGAUCAGGUCAAGACUUGAUUCAACUCGUCUCAAUAUUAACAUUUUCCUCUCUUCACUCAAGAAUGCAAGUGAGACCCCACCUACUCACCAUGCCCACAAUGAAAAUGAUAACAGAGGCUCAUCAUCACCGGACCCAGCAAUUAUAAAACAAUCAUUACUAGUUCCGGACAUUAGUAAUAAUAAUGGACCUUCAUCACAAGCUGUCACUGAACCAGACCCAGUGACAGAUAAGGUGUCAAUAUUUUCUUCUCCGGACCCAGUCCUCACUAAGCAACUUCAGACCCCUCCUGUGAUCAUAGCUUUAAACUCCGAGUCACCACAUGAUAGUCACAUGAUCAGUCAUCAACUGGACCAGUUAUCACUGAUCAAUGAUAAAGAUGGAGGGAGCAAAGAGAAAGAGGCUAUUUAUGAUAUUGGUACUUCUUUAAAAGCAUUACUCUCAGAACACUUCCCUCAGGCCAGUGUGGCUAGUCCUCCUCCUAAUAUAAAGUCUUCUUCCUCUUUUUCUAUAACUCCGUCUCCUCCCUCAUCUCCUAGUUCUGUCCUCCCUGAGUUUAUACCGGUAGCUCAGUCAAUCAAAGGAGGCAGAGACUCAGACACUACUACUGAUAAUGAUACCAUAACUCAGUCUCCAGCUGCAAUGGAUACUCCAAAGAAAUCUUCAGCUCCAUUACCUCCUCCUUCUUCAUUAACCUCUCCUGUACCAACAUGUACAUGUAUUUCAAUCUCUACUCAGUCUCUUGUUUCUUCUUUUCCUAAUGUUUCUUCUAUUGCUACAGCACCAAUGACUGCUACAGCAUCAAUGGCUGCUACAGUAUCAAUGGCUGCUGUAUCUUCUCCUGUUGGUCUAUCCCCAUCAGUUACUGUGAUUGCAUCAACUUCUCAUUUCUCAUCAUCUUCUUCAUUGACUGCGAGUCUUCCAUUAUCUUCUACUAUUCCUCUUAUUCAUCCUACUGCUGUUUCACCCUCUCCUUCUAUUCUCUCUCUCUCGUCCCUUCCUCCCUCCUUCUCAGCCUCUUCACAAUACUCUCCUUUCUCUUCUGCUCCUCCAUUAACAGUUUCUAGUGGUGUAACAGUUACUUCAUCAGUUACUUCUCCGCCCAUUCCUCCUCCCACUCUUACUACUCCUCUUUUAAGUUCUACCGCUUUCCAGUCUAACGAUGACACUGUUAAUCACUUGCUAUUAUCUAAACCUGUUAAACCAGUCCAACCGGUUCUUUCCUUGUCCUCGUCUCCUACUAAUUCAGAGUCUCAUUAUCACCUCUCUCUGUCUCCUAGCAACACGUCUCUCUCUUUGUCUGGUAGGUCCACUCCUAAUCUCUCGUUUCAAAAUUAA